AGUUGUAUUUAAUACCGUUUGCUUUGACAUGUUUGGACUCCUGGCAGGUUGAUCGUUGUACCUCCAGAUAAGCAGCAAUAAAACCACAUUAAAUGGAGCUCAUUUAGAAUGUAUUUACCAUAAACAAGCGGGUUUAAUUCGGUACGGGGGAUGAGAUGCUGGUUUUAACGCUUUUCUGUUCGUGAUGACCGGCUGUCACAGUAUAACUGGAUAGCCUGAAACACUAUUUUAUUAUUUUUUCAAACCAUUUUUUCUCUGUUUUCUUUCUGAUGCUGUGAGGAAUUAAUCCAGAUCGUAUGAAGCUGUAAUGCACCACGUCCUCCUCAGACUGUAGUGGACAGGAGAUACUCGGCCAGUGAUGGAUAAUGCUCAUACAAAGACAGUGGAGGAGGUUCUGGGCUUCUUCGGGGUGAAUGAAUCUACAGGUCUGAGCUGUGAGCAGCUGAAGAAGAACAGGGAGAGAUGGGGACCCAACGAACUGCCAGCAGAGGAAGGGAAGUCACUCUGGGAGCUGAUCCUGGAACAGUUUGAAGACCUGUUGGUUCGAAUCCUACUGCUGGCUGCAUGCAUCUCAUUCACCCUGGCAUGGUUUGAAGAAGGAGAGGGGACAAUCACAGCCUUUGUCGAGCCCUUCGUCAUCCUCCUCAUCCUCAUUGCUAAUGCUAUCGUUGGAGUAUGGCAGGAGCGUAAUGCAGAGAAUGCCAUUGAGGCUCUGAAGGAGUACGAGCCGGAGAUGGGCAAGGUGUACCGACAGGACAAGAAGAGCAUCCAGAGAGUCCGAGCCAGAGACAUUGUUCCUGGAGACAUUGUGGAAGUCGCAGUUGGUGAUAAGGUCCCAGCUGACAUCAGGCUGACCUCCAUCCGUUCCACCACACUCAGGGUGGACCAGUCCAUCCUGACAGGGGAGUCUGUGUCGGUGCUGAAACACACCGACCCCGUACCGGAUCCCAGAGCCGUCAACCAGGACAAGAAGAACAUGCUGUUCUCUGGUACCAAUAUUGCAGCGGGUCGAGCCAUAGGGGUUGUCGUGGCAACUGGGGUGCAGACGGAGAUCGGGAAAAUCCGAGAUGAGAUGGCCUCCACUGACUCUGAAAGGACUCCACUGCAGCAGAAGAUAGACCAGUUUGGAGAACAGCUGUCUAAGGUCAUCAGUGUGAUCUGUGUGGCCGUGUGGGCCAUCAAUGUGGGACAUUUCAGCGACCCGGUCCAUGGAGGCAGCUGGCUGAGAGGAGCAGUUUAUUAUUUCAAGAUUGCCGUCGCGUUGGCUGUCGCUGCAGUACCAGAAGGCCUUCCAGCAGUCAUCACCACCUGCCUGGCUCUGGGCACCAGGAGGAUGGCCAGGAAGAACGCUCGUCCGCUGCCUGCUUCAGUGGAGACGCUGGGCUGCACCUCGGUGAUCUGCUCCGAUAAAACAGGAACGCUGACCACCAACCAGAUGUCCGUCUGCAGGAUGUUUGUCGUGGACGGUGUGUCGGGGGAACACUGCAGCCUCAGUGAGUUUACAGUGACUGGAUCUACUUAUGCUCCUGAGGGGGAAGUCUACAAGGACGGCUCGGUGGUGAAGUGCAGUCAGUUUGAAGGCCUGGUGGAGAUGGCCUCCAUCUGUGCUCUGUGCAAUGACUCAUCACUGGACUAUAACGAGGCUAAGGGUGUGUACGAGAAGGUCGGCGAGGCAACAGAGACCGCCCUCUGCUGUCUGGUGGAGAAAAUGAACGUGUUUGACUCCAACCUGGGAGGACUGAGCCUGGCCGAGAAAGCUACAGCCUGCUGUUCUGUGAUCAAGCAGCUGAUGCGAAAGGAGCUGACGCUGGAAUUUUCCAGAGACAGGAAGUCCAUGUCCGUCUUCUGCUCGUCCACUAAACUCCCCAGGUUCACCUCUGGAUCCAAGAUGUUCGUCAAGGGAGCUCCAGAGAGCGUCCUGGAACGCUGUAAUUACAUCCGGGUCGGCGGCUCGGCUCGUGUGCCUUUGAGCCCGGCGGUCCGAGAACAGGUCCUGUCCACCGUACGGGAGUGGGGGUCGGGCCGAGACACGCUGCGAUGCCUCGCCAUGGCAACCAGGGAUACGCCCCGACAUCCACAGCUCAACCUGGAGAACUCAGCAGCUUUUGCAGACUACGAGUCGGACCUGACCUUCGUUGGCUGUGUGGGAAUGUUGGACCCCCGGAAGGAGGUUCUUCGUGCGGUCCAGAUGUGUCGGCAAGCUGGAAUACGAGUCAUCAUGAUCACAGGUGACAACAAAGGCACGGCCCUGUCUAUCUGCAGGAGGGUGGGCAUCAUCACGGAGCAGGAGGAGGAACAGGAGGGAACCGGGAUCACCAGUGGUCUGACGGGGAGGGAGUUUGACGAGCUGCCUCCUCACCUCCAGCGUCAGGCCUGUCGGAGCGUACGCUGCUGCCGGGUGGAACCGGCCCACAAGAGCCGCAUCGUGGAGUACCUGCAGAGCCUGAGUGACAUCACCGCCAUGACCGGCGAUGGUGUGAACGAUGCUCCGGCCCUGAAGAAGGCAGAGAUCGGCAUCGCUAUGGGCAGCGGCACGUCGGUGGCCAAGUCGGCCUCUGAGAUGAUCCUGGCUGACGACAACUUCUCCACCAUCGUAGCUGCAGUAGAGGAGGGCCGGGCCAUCUACAACAACAUGAAGCAGUUCAUCAGAUACCUCAUAUCGUCCAACAUCGGAGAGGUGGUGUGUAUCUUCCUAACAGCGGCCCUGGGCAUGCCUGAAGCUCUGAUCCCAGUCCAGCUGCUGUGGGUCAACCUGGUCACCGAUGGUUUCCCAGCCACCGCUCUGGGCUUCAACCCUCCAGACCUGGACAUCAUGUCUCGUCCUCCCCGCUCCCCCAAAGAGCCUCUUAUCUCCAGCUGGUUGUUCUGUCGCUACCUGAUCAUUGGAUGUUACGUUGGAGCAGCCACUGUCGGAGCUGCUGCCUGGUGGUUUAUGGCAGCCCACGAUGGACCAAAAGUCUCCUUCUAUCAACUGUCCCAUUAUAUGCAGUGCAGUGAAGGCCACGCCGAGUUUGCUGGUGUUCAGUGUUCCGUCUUUGAGUCUCCGUAUCCGAUGACCAUGGCUCUGUCCGUCCUGGUUACCAUAGAGAUGUGCAACGCUCUGAACAGUCUUUCAGAAAACCAGUCCUUGCUGAAGAUGCCCCCUUGGUCCAACCCCUGGCUGGUGGGAGCCAUAUGCCUCUCCAUGACCCUACACUUCCUCAUUCUAUAUGUAGACCCUCUCCCUGUGAUAUUCCAGAUACGCCCGCUGUCCUGGCCUCAGUGGGUGGUGGUGUUGAAGAUGUCACUUCCUGUCAUCUUGAUGGACGAGGCCCUGAAGUUCAUGGCCCGGACAUACAUCGAACCAGGAAGCCAGAUCCAGACACUAGAAGAAGAAGAAGAGCUGCAGAGGGCGAGGGCCCGCGUGGGAUUGGUCGGCACGGUGAUGACGAGGAUACAUCAGUCGGUGAAGGACGUGUCCUGGUCAUUCGUCCUGAUCUCUGCACCACUAGUCAUCUGGAUCUUCAGCCUGGACUCUGAUAUCACCAACAUCUUCUGGGAGUGACUUAGAGAGACUGAGGACGGGUAGGCACGAGUGGAAAUGGAAAUGGAAAAGAUAGAUGGUGUGUUGGGGAUGAAUCGGUACGGGAAAGGCAAGGGGAGUCAGAGAAACGAGGCGUAAGCAAAGGUGAUGAAUGUUUUGUUGAUAUACGAGAAUGUAAAGGAUAUGAAGAGAAACACUGAGCCAACAGACAAUCAGAAAAAACUAAAAGGAAAAGAAGUGCCAAGAAGUUUUCUAUGAUGACUUCUUGAGGAAUGAAGGUGCUGCAUGUAGCUGUUUCCCUUAAUUCAACAUGCGUACUUACACCAUAGUUUUACCCACGUUUUCCUCUUAGAGCUGCACUCCUGGUCCUUCUGUUAUUCCAGCUCUGAUGGAGAUCAUCAGGGCUUCCUUUUUUGGUUUUGCUGUUUACAUCUUGUCAGUGGUUUAGUUUAUUUCGGACUGACUUGCACCUACUCAGCUCGACUCGACUCGGUUUCUGUGGUUUUCCUUUCCAGCUGAGUUCCACCUCAUCGUGGGUGGAGUCGUCUUAUCACGGCGGCCAUAAACGUCAUUAGUGUGCAGCACAGCCAUGGAGGACAUGGAAGCGAUGGUAUACCUGCUGCUAUACCUGCUUUUUUGUUUUGCCAAAUUCUGUGGAAAGCAAUGCGAACCGUCGCUGUUGCCAGACCUCACAAACCGAGUCGAGUCGAUGCUAGUGGAAAAGAAAUGUGAACAGGGUUGCACCAGUAAAACUGUACGUCUCCACAGGGAGGCAGCGUAACGUCACAAGUUAGAACACGGCUUCCAAAACUGACUAUAAGCUGCCUGACAAUCCUUUGUAACUUUGCUUUAUCCGUACCUGAAUACAGAGAGGAAUACGUCCGUCAGUUAGCACUAGUAGAAUGAGAGGGAAACAUCCAAACAAGUUCUUUUCCGGUAUAUUUCCUAAUUUAACCGUGUUUUGUCAGUGAGUGUGGGGUCAGAUGUGUCCAACAUAUUCCAUUCAUUUUUAUGUUUUCUAUGUAAUCUAAGUGGCUCAAAGCUAAGCUAAGCUAACGUUCUGUCAGUUAGCAGCUGCUUCACGUAAAUGUGAAGUAAUAUCCACUCUCUACAGAAAAAAGUCAUUUUAGUGGUCCAGUACAUUUUCACUUUCUUACUCCAGAAGUCCCCACAUUACACAGCGAUUAUUAAAGCCACUGUCAGAUGAAGAGAAGAACUCCAAACAUCUGGUUUCAGUGGGAAAACCUCGGAUCCUGAUGUACAUUCAUUUAACGAGUGGUUUACUUUUAUGUUUGAUCAUUUGUUUAUUUUUUUAUUUAUGUAUUUGUAUGAUCAGGGACCAUGACAUUAACAUAGAAAACAUCUGAGGUCCUGCAUGUAGAGCGUAUCGCGGUAAGCUCAUCUUUAACUCCCGUCCCUGGUUGGACUUUUCAGUAAAAGUAGACAAAGAGGACCAACAACACUGAUAAAAAGAGCACAGACCGCAUUAUACACUACAUGACACAGUCCACAGUAAAUACGGCAAUAUAGAACGACAAACAUUUGUUAAAAGUCGCAACGUAUUUGUGAAAUAGGAAUAUGUUAUUAAUCACCUGGAAACACUUUAGAUCAGCGGUGUCCAACUCAUCUUAGUCCAGGUUCCACAUCCAGUCCAGUCUGAUCUCCAGUAAAACCAGUAAAACCACAGCAUGAUAACCAAUAAAUAACCACAAUUCCUAAUGGUUCCUUUGUUUUAGUGCAAAAAAAGUCCAUUCUGAAAAUAUAUUUUACUUUAUGAUCAAAACGACAAGAGUCAGACCAAAAGAGACAAAAAAACAUCAAAAACAAGACAAAAUAUUACAAAAAUUAGAUAAAUAUUUGACAAACGACAGGAAACAAAACGAAAAAAGAGACAAAAAAAUUGACCAAAAAGCUACAAAGUGACAAAAAAAAAUGCACAAACGACAAAAACAUGAGAUGAAAGUCAGACAAAAAAAACAACAAAAGCAAGAAAAUAUUACAGAAAUGAGACAAACGACAAAAGAACAAAGAACAAUCUAGUAUUUAACUUUCUGAUCCAAACAACUUGUCAUGGUCUAGAAAUGAUUUUAAAUUUAUAGUUUUACUAUAAAGGACCACUUUUGGACCACGGACCUCAUGUUGGACACCCCUGGUUUAGUGGGACCUGGUGUAGAUGUUUAUUGAAGCGAUUACUAAAUGUAUUGAUGGUAAAAUGCUCCACAUAGCAGCUUUUAGGACAACAUUUCUCCACACAUACAGCAGCUUUACAUAGACGCUGUCAAUCAGUAAUAAUCUGUGUUUAAUGAAAUAACAGCAGAAUCUCCCGUCUGAAAGCCUUAACAGUCUUUGUCUGUUUCAAAAUUCCAUCUUUGUUCUGAAUAAUAAAAACUUUUUUUGUAUAAUGGCAACUUAAUUGUUUUGAUAUGACUUUUUCAGGCUUAUUUCCUCUUUCUAACCUGCGACUGUCUUGUAAUGUUGACAUUGUUUUCAGAAUUCCAAUCGUAUUCUUAGAAUAUUCCUUAUUCCUGAAAGUGUAAAACUUCCACUUGUGUUCCAUUAUUUUCCUAUAGGAGCCGUAUGCUCCUAAACAUACCAUUUAUUCAUGCAUUUGUUUUGUUUUAGUGAAGCCUUGGUCUUUAUUUGUUGAAUUUAAUUUGCAAAAAAAUUGUUUUUUAAUUCCGCCAAGGCAGAAGAACUGUGUGUAGAUGCACUGUUUAGAAAAUACUUUUGAAUUAUUUAUUUCAAUUUUAUUUAUUUGCAUUGUCAUACUGUUCACACCGUUUGUCCUUUAUUAUUAUUAUUGAAAGCUGAUGCCCAUUUUCUUAGGAAUAGAAUGAGAGUUUUUAGAGCACCACAUAGACAGUACUUUUCUGGUUUCCUGUUUAAACAAAGGCUAAGUGUUUGUUUUCUGCACCGCCGCCACCGAUACUGACAGUGAAGCGUCACUUUGUUGGUUUUCUUUUUGACUUUUGUUUUUGUUUACUCUGCAGGUGAUGGAUGAUGUUAAAAGAUGAAAACAAUAAAAUGGUUCAGAGUUUGA